CCAUAACGACGCAAGACGCGGAAACCGGAACUUCGACGAAGAAAAGAGUGUAGUGUAUUGUAACAAAUACAUUAUAAUAUGCCCUUCUUUUGGUGAAAAUAAAAUAUUGGUAUUGAUUUAUUGAUUGUUUAAAUAUACAAUUUUAUAUCUAUUUUAAAUCGGUUGAAAUACUAAUUUAUAGGUUAAAGUGCAGUUACUUGGCUAAAUUAAGAGGAAAUUCAUCAGACCAGUCUAACUCAGUAACACUGCAGCACUAUCAGAUUCAGUGAUCAGUAAUAAUAUAAUCAUUCAAUUAAUUCAAUAUCAUUAUAUACCAACGACUAGCUAGUAGCUAGCAAUGGGGCAUGGGGGAAUGCAAUAGGCAAUACUAAUAAUCAAUAGGCCUACUUACUUAAAUCUACUAGUACUGUAAUAAUAUUAAUUAAUAUGACUCCAUCACUGAUUUACUCACUAUCCACAUCACUCACUCGUCAUCAGUGUGAUUGUUAAUAUUUAGUUUUAGAUCUCUAAUGUCCUCAUUGUUAAUUUUUCUUAACAUCAUGGAGAAAUUUGCUUAGCAUUGUCAUAGGUACUUCAGUAAAAAAAUUAAAAAUUCCCAAAAUUUUUAAAAAUAUUAUGUUACAGUUUUAUUGUAUAUAUUGGAACGAACUUUAAAUAUAAAAAACGAAGUGUCUACAUUUGUGGCAAGCCGAAGAAUAAUUCCCGAGAUAAUCGUCCAGCGAUUUGUUCACAUGACCACCGUAACGAAUUUGGGACAGAUAUCUGUCGGUCAGCCUUGUCACAUGACUGCUAAUAGUCAAUCAUAAAACUGACGUCGUAGAUGUAUGGGGGGGGGGGGGGCGCAACGAGUACCCACAUCAUUUCAAGAAAUAAGUGCGGGGUGGCAAUGCAUACUAGAAGGAAGAAAUACAGAGAGCGAGAGAGAAAGGAUUAAAAUUUUGCCGGCGACCUCUUGUCACAUGACAUGUCUGUCGGAAUAAUAACACAUAAUAGCGGUCACAUGACAUGCCCACCGGAAGUAUAUCUCCAGCACUAUUUGUCCGGUUACCAGAUGUGUAGAAACUGCCUAUUAAAAAAAAUGAAACCAAAAUCAGCAUUCUAGCUUAAGUAUUUUUUGAGCCAUGCAUUUUUAACAUGUGAUUUCAUUUGUAAUUUUUUGCCAUGGCCAUGGACUACACCUCCACAUUUUUUGACCCAAUUCCACUAAUCUCGUCAUAUGAAAUCACUCUUACUCUUGUUUAAAUGAUAAUUUUAUGCAACUUUUAUUUUCUGUUUAUUAAAAGUUCUAAUUUUAAAAUUAAUUUUAACACUAUUAUGCAAUUAUAAAUAAAUUGUAACUUAUCUAUGUAAUAUGCACUAUCAGUUAAUUUAAUAAUUUACCAAAUCUAGCUUUCAUUAUAUAUAUAUAUAUAUAUAAUUUAAUAAAUAUAUAUAUAACUUAAUAUAUAUAUAUAUACAAAGUCAAUGCAUUAAGGCAUCCCCUAAAAUAAAACUGGUUUGGGACUAUUUAUUAUGAAUUUUCUGCUUUUGCGCAUGACUAAGUAAUUAAAAUUUUCCCUUGACCAAAGAUUUAAAUGCUUUUGCACAUGGCAUUUCUUAUAAAUGAAACUAUGAGAAUAAUACUACAAGUCAUAAAAAUGGUAUUUUAACCAAAUAUAUGCUUCCAUCAAAAGAAAAUUCUUGACUCGCUCCAAAAGAUUUUGAAAAUUACCUUAAUCUUCAUACUCUGAAUAGCGUUAUUUAAAUUUUUUGUUCCAAAGUGAGGAACACAGUUUGAUUUUUUUAUAAGGCUGGUCUCAUCUAUUGCAACUGCAAAUUUAUUACAAGCGUUUUCGAGUGUAAUGUUUUUGGAGACAGUGAGAAACAGUGUUGUGUGAUGUCUUUGGAGUCAGCAGCAUGAGAAGCAAUGUCUUGUGUGAUGUGUUUGGACCCAGCACCAUGAAAAGCAAUUUCGUGUGAUGUCUUUGGAGUCUGCACCAUGAAAAAAACUUGUCCCAAUGAAUGUCAGAGUAAAAAGCAGCAAUUUUGCAGCCUUGCAUUCAACACAGAGUCAGGAACAGUCUGUCAUUUUGAGAUUUGGGAAUAGUCAAUCAUUUUGAGAGUCAGUAAUUGUCAAUCAUUUAGAAUGUGUUCUAAAUUUGACAUACUGUUGCAGUAAUUAAGGAAACUACAAUUUUUAGCUACCUAAUGUUGGCUAUAAAUGACACAAAGAAUAAUAAGAACAUUUAGCCCGUUUUUUUGUGUCCUCUAUCAUGGACAACAAGGAAAUGUUGGAGCCAUGAUACUCUAUCAAUUGCAAUAGUAUGCUUUGUAGUGUAAUUUCCCUUAAGAACUGCCCUAAAAUACGAAAACAAUUUUUUUGUUUUCUUGAUUACGAGGUUCAUUUGUUGCAAACAUUUGCUAGUGUUAAGCAAAGAUUUAUUUUCUGGAAAGACAUUAAUCCAAUAGCAAUGCCAUCUCCACUAAUUUUGCUAUGUGUUACAACUAAAACUUUGUUUUUAGGGGUUGAUUAAUGUAUUAAAUAUUAAUACCGGUAUAUUACUUUCAAUUUUUCCAUGCUUGUUGAAGAAAAAAAACACAAUAACAGCACAAAAAAUAAAAUAAGUGCAAUUUUCUUAACUGGAUGUUGCUUCAAUGGUAUUCUAUAUUUGAUGUAAUGACAUUGGCAUACAUCUAAAAAGGCCUGCAUCAUUACCUAUUUUUAUAAUUAAUUAAAGGAAAACAAAUGCUUAAUUUAUUUUAACACAAUUUACAAGGAAAAUAGUAUUUAUGGAAUAUUGGAAUCAUUAUUUUUUUGUUUGUACUCUUCACUCAAGGUACUAUCUACUCAAAAUACAUAACAUACAAUAAUUUAAGUUCAGUACAUUAACUUCAUAUGUUUAUUACAUUUCAGUACAGAGGUGAAUUGUAUCAAUAAAAAAUAUUAAUUUACUGAGGUCCUUGAGUGCUAGCAACAUGAGUGGAGUAGGUGUGGAGCCUUCAUCUCGCAUAGGUGUAACGCUUGACCUAAUUUUAAAAACCCUGAUUGCAUCUUCUGAGUUUGCAAGCUUAGAACCUAAGAACUGGGAGGCUAUAGCUCAUCUCAUCCCUGGUACUUCAGCUGUGCAGGUUAGUUAAUUUAUAAAUAAAUAGAUAGGACAUAAGAUGUUUUGUUAUUUUCUAAUAUAUUUUUUAAAGUUUUUAUAUCAUAACUGACACAAACAACAUUUGUAAUCGAAUAGAUAUUACGUUGUUCAUUUCUAUGUUUUUGAAAUACAAUAUUAUUAGAAUGUAUAUAAGUUAUCAAUUUGUAAAUUAAUAAACAUUUUUGUCAGACACAAAUGGGGUUUUAGUUUUACACAUACUGAAAUUACUUGAAGAAUGUUUGUUUCCAAAAAUAAGAAAAUUAAAAAUUAAAACAUAAAGUUUGUAUGAUUAGAGAAUUUUCUCCUUUACAGCUUGCAAACCAGCAAUGAUUAAAUAAUUAUAGUAUUAAUUUUCAGUGUGCAAGAAGAUAUGAAGAAUUGCUAAGUGGGGGUGGGGGUGUGGCACUGCAGCAUCUGACACGGACAAUGACGAAUGCUGGACUAAAUACAAGCACUAGUGUAACCAGUCUUUGUGAGUCAGAAACUAGUAGACGAUCAGCAAGUAACAGCCGUCCCAAUUCAAGUAAAAGCAAAGGUACUUCACAUAUUUCCAUCCAUCCCUGUGGCACUACAGCACAUGCAGGUCUUUGGCCUGCCUCACUGCAUCCUUCCAUUCAAACCUAACUGAUGAUUUUCUUUUCCAUGCUUGGAUUUCCAGCUUCUGUCAAUCCCUCUCCACAUCAUUCAGCCAUCCAUCUAAGCCUAGGUAUGCAUUUGAGCUGUUUUCCUUUGGGGUUUUGGUGGUGCACCCUCUUCACUCUUGUGUCAUUUGGCAUUCUUUCUAAUUGUCCAGCUCAAAAUAGGCUGCUCUUUUUUAUUUCUGCUAUUAGUGUGGGAUCACUUCCUCCAUAUUUAAUCAGAUCUGCUGUGAUGUGGUCUUCUCCGGUGGCUUUAUUAUUUUUCAUAAAAUUGAUUACAUCUGUAGUUUCUUCUUGUAUUUCACUCAAUAAUAUGUAUGGAUUUUUUUAGAUGAAAAAAAAUUUCAGUAUAUCUGGUCAUGUGGUCAUGUGAUCAUGAGGUAAUCAAGCCCGUCUUACUUUUCAGGUACUAAGGAUGACAAGGAAAAAUCAAAUACAAUCAAAGAUGGACAGUUUCGAAAGGAUUUGAGUCAAAAGGGGUACAGUAAAAAUUUUCUUAAAGUAAAACAAAUGUAGAAAUCAUAUGCGUGAUUGUUAUUAUUGUGAAAGAGAAAAGGGGAUGCAACCCAUAUUAGUAGUUUAUUGAUAAGAAAUUUUUCUGUAAGUUAUAAAAUAUGGGCACCUUAAACUGGUAAUGAUUUGUGAAAAAUUUAGCUUGAUACAUUUUGUUUUGAAUCUCUUUUCAGGCCAAUAAUGGUAAUCCAUGUAUGUGAUGAGGCCAAAAAUUGUAAGUUUUCAUUACAGGAAAACUUUUCUGUUAGUUAUAUGAAUGAAUAUAACUUCUGUAUUUUUAAGUAUUGCAAAUUAAUCUGUGUGUAUUUUUAUAGUUUCAUAAGUGGCUAGGAUCUUUAUUAAGUUAACAAAAAGCAACAAAAUAGGACAUCAUAAAAUAUACUUAAUAUAAAUGUCUUGAAUUGAUUCUGUAACUUUAAGUGUUAUUAAACACGGGAAAUUUUUUAAAAAGACAAAGAAAAAUUUACUCAUGCAACUAUUAUUCUUUUCUGGCUAGAUGAAAUGUUCAUACAAAAAGUGUGAAACUAUCAAUACUUUGUAUAGAGGGCAUAUAAAUAAAUGCACCAUGAAACUAUCCUCUCUCAAUCCUGCACAGCACAAAAACAAAAGUUUAUUAUUGAAACUGAUUUGAAGCACUUCAUAUGCUCAUUAUUUUGCAGUGAAAAAGGAUUUUCAAUGUCCCCGUGAUCUGUUGGUACAGGAGAUGAAAUAUUUUGCAGAGUAUCUUUCCACUGAUGCACAACGUUGGGAGGAAGUUGAUAUUUCUGUCCAUUGUGAUGUCCAGAUUUUUGAUUGGCUCAUGAAAUAUGUCAAACGGGGCUCUAAAGAAUUUCCAAAUGAACCUAAAUUAGGUGAUUUAUUUUGUAAACCCUGUGCAGUUAUGUUUUGUUAGGCUUUCAGGGAAAUAACCCAUGAGCCAUUGGCUGUUAUGUUGUGUUAGAGUUCUAGGCACAUACCCAUGAGCCAUUGGCAGUUAUGUUGUGUUAGACUUUUAGGCAUGGGCCAUUGGCUGUUAUGGGAACUAUUUAAUUUUUAAUUUGAUGGUCUUGGGUAAGACCUCCUUGUUAAAAACAAUAUACAAGCUUUAUAACUGCUCAUUAGUGUAAAAGAGUAUCAGACAUGAUAAGUCACAUCACCAUUCGUUCAAAUUAAUCCAUGUGAUCAUGAAUAUUUUUAUGUUUCAGAGGCCAACAAUGUGGUUUCUAUACUAAUAUCAUCCGAUUUCCUUAAAAUGGAUUCACUGGUUUGUAUUGAUCCCUGUAACAAUCAUUUGCUAACAUUGUUUAGAAUUUCCUUACAAUCUAAGAAUUAAUUUCCUAACACUGAAUUUUGUUAACUGGUUAUUAAAGUGACAAAGGCAGGGUUUGGUUGAGUUUUUGUGUAUGAUGUUUAGCUUAGGAUAAAAGGAAAUAUAAUAUAACCCUAUUUUAAAACUGUUUAUUACAGUGACAAAGGCAGGGUUUGGUUGAGUUUUUGCCUAGGAUGCUAAACUUAGGAUAAAAUGAAAUAUAUUAUAUACCCUUUUUAAAAAUAAUUUAGCCUAGAAAAGCCUUUGAAAUAUGUUAUGUUAAAUUGAUAUAGUAAUGUCUGAAAUAUGCCUUUCUAAAUAGAAAAUUAAAACUAAGUCCUUAAAAUGAAAGAAUCAGAUUGUAUUGAUGGUGAUAGAAAAAUUUACUUCCUCGAAUCCGUUGAAGUUGUUUACUCUUUUAUAGGUUCUUGAGUGCAUUAAAUUUUGUCACAAGAAUAUGAGUGAUAUUGUGGCGACUCCUUGUAAUAUGGGUUGUAUCAAUGACAGACUUUUGACUAGGUAAAUACAAACUGUUUUCUGUGUCUGCAUUAUUAUGGAUUUAUCUGCUCAUACAUCAUGUUAUAGAGAGUUAUGUGGCAGAGAAAACUAUAAUUCUCAGUUUGUUGUACAUUUAUACAUUCUAACUUGGAUAUUUUCCAUUUUAAAAAUAAACUUUUAUUAUUUUAAAGAAAAGUUUUAACUGAUGCAAAAUUGAAUUCAAAAAUUUGUCCUGAUUUUUUUUUAAUUUUCAGAAUUUCAGAUUUAUUUACACAUAAUGAAGCAGAUGACGUGCGAGACCGAAAAGAUAAGUUUAAAAGGUAAAAAAAAAUAUUUAUAAAGGCUAACAGAGAAAUUAUGUUCAAAUGAAAUUAAUAUUUAUAAUUUUUUUAUUAACUCUUAGUAUGAACUUGGUGGCUUGAAAUAAGUUAAAUGUAAACAAAGUUGUAAAAACAUUAUAUAAUGAAAUGCUCAUAUGUAAGAAAUGCAACCAUCAUAUUUUAAAAAAAAAAAUUGUUUGCGCUGGAGGUGGGGAUCUAGAUGGAUAUAAUGGAUCUUGUUCACACUGGAGACAACGAAGUGAUAUAAACUGUAUCCCAUUUGUUUUAAAUGAGAUGUCUUGAUGAAUUUUCAAUGGCAUCUUUCCAAGCAAACUAUUCUCCAAGAUGAUUGAGAAGUUGUUUGAUCCUGAUGUUGUCAAUGCAGACUCACCAGAGCAGGCCACAACAUUGUUCAGGUGUGUCCUUCACAAAGAACCAUUCAAAUCAAUAGGGAAUAAUUAUAAGUAUAGAUUUAAUCACUGACAUUAAGUAUGUAAUCGCUGAUUUAGAUGUGUAAUCACUGACAUUAAGAAUGUAAUCGCUUAUAUGAGAUGUGAAAUCACUGGCAUUAAGUAUGUAAUUGCAGAUAUAAGAUGUGUAAUCACUGACAUUAAGUAUGUCAUCGCUGAUAUGAGAUGUGUAAUCACUGACAUUGAGUAUGUAAUCGCUGAUAUGAGAUGUGCAAUCACUAGCAAGCCAUUAUUAAAAUUACUUUAAAUUGUUCAGCUCAAGAGUUUAUUUUUAAAAGAGAAAAUAACUAUUUAUUUAAGGUGACUAAUAGAGCAUUUCUGUGUUAAUGCUCAGACCAGCGUAACAUUUGUUUCCUCUUAACGUCUUUGUAACAUUUGAUUCCUCUUAGCGUCUUUGUAACAUUUGAUUCCUCUUAACGUCUGUGUAACAUUUGAUUCCUCUUAGUGUCUUUGUUUUCAAAAUCUUCUGAUGAUUUCCUGUUACAGAUGCAGUAUAUGCAAGCGUCACCUGAUCAAUAAGAUGAAGACUUUGGUCAAGUGCAUGCCUAGCAGGUUAAUGAAAGAAUCUCUCUAAACUUCUCAAAAUCUAUGAAUCACCACCUCUCUCCAAACUCUAUUUUAAAUUCUUCUCUCUCUUUUUCAAAAUAAUAAAGUGAAAGGAUUUCAUUGAUAAUUAACAGUUAAUUUUUCUGAGCAAAAUUUAACAUUAUUCACUGUUAUUUUAAUAUGUUUUACAUUAUUCAGAAAGGAAAUGUCUGUCUUAUCUUUUUUGAAAAUUUAAUAUUUUAAACUUUUGCUUCUGAACAUUACUUUGUACAUCUGGCCUGUUUUCCAUACCAAAGUAAAGUAUAAAAAUCUGACACACCUUUGUGUGAUCAUUCCUUAGGUUGACCAUUGAUCGGACCGGACAGAUGACCUUCUCUCACAUUCCUGACCCCACAUUUGACGUUAAUGAUUACAUCCUGGAACUCAAAGGUCAACUCAAGACCUGGAGAGAUGUCUAUUGGCGGCUGUGGGGGACCGUCAACUGUUUCACCUGUGCCAGGUGUGGUGACGUCUUCCCGCUAACAGAAUUCGGCCACUGCAGGUAAAGGAGUUUUCAGAGGUGGCUUCCACACAGGAUCCAGUUACCAACCAGAGGCUGUAUGUUAUCAAAGCUAAUCUGUGUGUUGUCUUAUGUCCCAGUUACCCGCCAGAGGGGCUGUGUGUUAUCAAAGCUAAUCUGUGUUUUGUCUUAUGUCCCAGUUACCCACCAGAGGGGCUGUGUGUUAUCAAAGCUAAUCUGUGUUUUGUCUUAUGUCCCAGUUACCCACCAGAGGGGCUGUGUGUUAUCAAAACUAAUCUGUGUGUUGUCUUAUGUCUCAGUUACCCACCAGAGGGGCUGUGUGUUAUCAAAACUAAUCUGUGUGUUGUGUUAUGUCCCAGUUACCCACCAGAGGGGCAGUGUGUUAUCAAAACUAAUCUGUGUGUUGUCUUAUGUCCCAGUUACCCACCAGAGGGGCUGUGUGUUAUCAAAGCUAAUCUGUGUGUUGUCUUAUGUUCCAACUAGUUACCACCCAGAAACUGCACGUUAUGAAACUGAGCCUGGAGGAGUAACUUCCUGUGUUGGGGUUUAUCCCUGCUGUCAUCAGAAGUCUGUGAGAUUUGAUCCAACUUUCAUCAACAAGGUAACACUAUUAUGCCACUCUGUGUAAGUUAUAGACAAUUGGUUUUGAGCAAGGAUUUUUCCUUGGGAUCUAUUUAUAAAUUUAACCUCAUCACCAGGCCUGGUUAUUCUUAUGAUUUUGGCAUACAAUUUAAAAUUUUGAGAUACUUUUACGAUUGUAUGCCAAGACCUAUCAGAACUACGAUUUUAAGAGACUAGGUUGAAAAAAUAUAUUUUGUUAGUUUUAACUCCUUACUACAUCCGGCGAUGAAUGGACCUAGAAAUAUGAUAGGUUAGGGCCCAUCCAUGAUUAUUCUAUGUAUUCACUUUGAAAUAUACAUACAUCAUUAUUGUGUUUACAAUAUGUACCAUUUCUGUGUAGCCGCUUCCUUUUUGGACUGAUUGAAAAAAAAAAAUUGAAAUAAGUAAUCUUUAAAAAAAAUUUAAAAACUAUUUUAAGAUUUAGUAACUACUGAAAUAAAAAGGAUUUAUAUAAACACAGCCAGGUAUAGAGAACCUAUUUUCCACAAGCAUAACGAUUAAGAAUGAUAAAAAGAACACACUAUAUUUUGCCAAUAUUUGUUAUAUAAAUUAUUCUACAUGUUUAUUUCUUUACUAUUAGGAUAUGGUAUUGUACAAUUUUGAGAUAGUAAAGAAAUAUUCUGAAAUGAUAUUUUACUAUUUUGAGAGUUCCAGGGUAAUCAGGUCUGACAUCACUAUUUGCCUCAUUAUGGCGCUGAAAGCUAUUGGCAUAAACUUUUGUGAGGAUGGUGUAGACUUCACAGGGCCUGGGAUUAUACUUUUUUUUUUAUAAGCUGGUUCCAUAAACAGAAAAUUGCCUCUAUCCACGCUGCUGGAUAACCCAAGGGAACAUCAUGUGGAUGAUACAGCUUGGCACCAGUGGCGUCGCAUGAGUUGUCGGAAUGUUCCAUUAUGUCAAUGUUAUCCACAUAUGGGACUCCAUCUCCGGGUUUGAAUUCAGAGUUUCCUUGUCUUAGAUGAGUUGCCACCUAAGGUUAAUGAGCCCACCCAUCCACUUGGGGUGCUGGUGAUUUUUUGCUUGGGAUUGCCUCAGUGUAGACCACUCAGCCACCCAGCACCAUAGUUAGAUCAUUAUAUAUAACAUGACAAAGUUUUUUUCUCACUAAUGAGAAAUCACCAAUCUAAAUCAAUGCCACCAUUUUGUAAUUGACAGGGCUGUAGAGUUAAAGACCACAUCGUUAAUCUCCCGAGUGGGGGAGACGGAGAAAAGGCAACCAAAUCUCCCAUGCAGUCCGUUUUUGACGAUCUUCUUCUUAGGAGAGAUGUCAUUUGUGUCCCAUACCAACGACUGUGUGACUUUAGGUAAUGUAGCAGUGUGAUUGUCACUUUACGUUAUGUACCGGUGUGAUUCUGUCACUUCGAUAAUGUAUCAAUGAGAUUGUGACUUUAGGUAAUGUAGUAAUAUGACUGUGUGACUUAAGAUAAUGUACCAAUGAGACUGUGACUUAAGGUAAUGUAGCGAUGUGACUGUGUGAAUGUAGGUCAUGUCCAAUGAGACUGUGACUUUAGGUAAUGUACCAACGAGACUGUGACUUUAGGUAAUGUACCAAUGAGACUGUGACUUUUAGGUAAUGUAGCAAUGUGACUGUAGGCCAUUUACCAUUGAGACUGUGAUUAAAGGUAAUGUACCAAUGAGACUGUGACUUUAGGUAAUGUAGCAAUUUGACUGUGUGACUACUGUGUACCAUUUAGACUGUGACUUAAAGUAAUGUACCAAUGAGACUGUUGCAUGCUGAUAGUAGUGUAGAUUAGAUGUAUUAUUGAAAAAUAAGUUGUAUGCAUUUUAAGAAUAAACAUAUUUAUACUUGACAAAUUUCAAAUAUAGAUUAUGUUCAGAGUGAAGAUGAUUAACUUGAACGGUCUUAGUGAAUUUUAAUGCCAUUAUAAAAAAACUCAUGUACUGCAUGUGUUGUUGAAAGGGAGAGUUGCAUGUAUUUAAAAUUUUAUUUUUUCAUUCAAUUUAUGAAUAAAAAAUAAUUAUUUUUUGGAUGGAUGUAAUUCAUAAACAAAUGUAUAUUUUAUACAAAAAUUACACAUUCAGUAAUUUCCCUUUACCCUUGAUUACUUCACUUUAAUCUCACCAUUGGCAAAACAUUCCAUCUUAACAUAUGAGAACAUAGUUUCAGAGGCGUAGCGAGGUGGGGGGGGGGGGAAAGAUGUCCCCGGGCGCAAGCUAGUUAGGGGCGCCAAAAUGUGCUUUGAUAUUAUUUUAUUGGUAAAAAUAAUGGGUUUGAGAGUUGAAAAAAAAGAAAAGGGGGCGCUUUUUAAAUGGAUCUUGUCCCCGCACGAAUCUUGUCCCCGGGCGCCAAACACCCUCGCUACGCCUCUGCAUAGUUUUGAAGGUGUUUUAAAAAAAUUAAUUUCUUACUCUACAUGCCAUCAGUAUGUAGUUUUUAUGUAAAAGUCUGGUAUUUUAAAUGUAUAAAAAUUCAUCCAAAUUGCUUUGAAUAAAAGAAAUUAAGACAAUAGGUGUGUUAUAUAAAAACCAAUAACUAAUGAAAAUGAGACAUUGCUUUAUUAAAUGUAUGUGAUUUUCUUCCCUUACAUAAUGGAUCUUAUUUUAACUGGUAACACACAGUGAGAGGUAGGAGUUACUGUAAUGUUUAUCAAUAUUAUCUAACUUUAUACUCUUGAACUAAAACCAGGGCUCUGUCAAAUUAUUUUACUCUUGUAUGAACUAAACCCAGUGAUCUGUAUAAUUUAUUUUACUCUUGUAUGAACUAAACCCAGUGCUCUGUAUAAUUUAUUUUACUCUUGUAUGAACUAAACCCAGUGCUCUGUCUAAUUUAUUUUACUCUUGUAUGAACUAAACCCAGUGCUCUGUAUAAUUUAUUUUACUCUUGUAUGAACUAAACCUAGUGCUCUGUAUAAUUUAUUUUACUCUUGUAUGAACUAAACCCAGUGCUCUGUAUAAUUUAUUUUACUCUUGUAUGAACUAAACCCAGUGCUCUGUCUAAUUUAUUUUACUCUUGUAUGAACUAAACCCAGUGCUCUGUAUAAUUUAUUUUACUCUUGUAUGAACUAAACCCAGCGCGCUGUCUAAUUUAUUUUACUCUUGUAUGAAUUAAAACCAGGGUUCCGCAUAAUUUAUAUUGCUCUUGCAAGAACUAACAUAGAAGUUACUUAUAAUUAUAUCUAAAUUAAUUAACAUUUUUUUUCCAAUAACUCUUUUUAAAAUCUGACUUCUCAGUAUUUUGUUUUUAUAAUAAUUUUCUUUUGUUUUGUUAAUUUUAUUUUUACUUUUAAUUCUCCAAAGCUUUCCUUAAGUACAAUGCCAAUGCUUAAUUAAAUUUUCUUAAUUAUUUUUAAUAUAAAAUUAUCAAUACCUCAUCAAUAUUUGAUUUUGCUUUCAUGGAGUUUUGUGAUUAAUAAUCCUAUAAUGAUCAUAUUUCACAACUGGCUACACUGCUACAAAGAUAUGCUCUAGAGAUUAGAUUGUAUUUGCCACACUACUUAACUAAUUCAGUUCAGCUUGAAAAUGAAAAGCUUAUCUAACAAGGUCAACUUGACAUGGCAGCAGCUCAGCACAACAUAAUAUAGAAAUGUGUACUUACCCUCCAAUCAAUGUAUUUUAUUUAAAGAAAGACCUGCUCCUCUUGUAAGCAUCAACUGUUUGCCAAUCCUGUCAAAGUGUGCAAUGUCUGGUGUGAAGUCUUCACACCAAAUUUUAAUGUCAAACUUCUCAUCUGACUUUAUGCAGUGUGCUUUUUUUACAUGUGUUUCUCUCAGUAAUUAAAAUAUAUUAGAAUACUUAAAACGUGGGGUAUACAAGAGUUACUGGUGCUGAGGGUAGAUAUUUCUUUGUAGGUUUGUAUCAAGAUGGAGUUUGCUUACAAAACUGGCUAAAAAAAGUUGUAAUAAUAGAAUGUGUAUAACAUAAUUUUUAAUGUAAAUAAUCAGUUAUAUACUACAUGACUUAAUAUUCAAACAUUUCAAUUAAUCUACAUCAACAAAUAUGAUUCAGGUAUUAAAAAGUUUAUUUUAAUUUUAUGUUUAAACUAAUAAAAAUUAUGUGUUGAAAAAUUAUUUUGAUUAAAUUUUACUUUUUUUUUACCAGGUCUACUCUGUAACAAUAGCUAUGUGUUUAAAUGAGUGGUUAAAUGCAGUCUCAAAAAAUAAAGAUUUCUUUUCCUUUUAUGUAUUUAGUUUGAAUGUUUUGGAUUAACUCUGUCAUUUUAAGUUAAAAUGAUAUAAUAUAGCUUUUAGAAAUUAGAGCACACCACCUUAUUAAAUGUUAAUAUGAUAAGAAUAUAGCUUUUAGAACUUAGAGUAAACCACCUCAUUAAGAGCUAAAAUGACUAUAGCUAUUAGUAUGUAGACUAGACCACUAAUUUGGAAGUUGAGGUUUUUUGCUCAUUGGUGACCUUCUCCUAAAAAGUAGCUGCUGUAUAUGCUAGCAAAUGUAUUCCACUUGGAAAUAUUAUUUCGUAACUGGCGAUAACCCCAAAAUUAUUUUGCUUUAAAUAAAGUCAUAUUUAUGUUUGUUUUUAUAUAUUACCUCCAAAGCCCGAUUUCAUCCAGUUGGCAAAAUGAGGGAACAAAGUGUGAAAUGGCCAAUGCUUAUAUAAAUAGACCGGUCAAAGUUCAAUAUUUUCUUGACUUUCCGAUUUGGCCAGUCUUUUUGCAAAAUGGCAUGAGGUAAUUAGCAAGUUUUAUGGUGAUUUUUAUUCUGUGCUCAGGUAUUCAAGUGUGAGCAGUUGGAAAAUUCACUUCUGGAACAGGCAAUGUUUGAAAACACUAUGUUGCAUUUCUAGCUUGUAGAAAGCGCACUCAACGUUUAUGUCAACUGCAAGAUAUUCUUGCAUUACCACAUCAAAGUUUGGCUAGGGACUGCCCGCCACUUAGUGAAAUAGCUGGCCAAAGUAGGGAAUACACUUUUCAUUUCAAGUGCAUCAGAACUUGGCCACACCUCUUUUUUUUUCGUGCCAUUUCAUGAACUGACCAAGCUUCAGGCUUUGGCCAUAGCAUGUACACUACUAACAUGGAGCUUGUUAAAAUUCAAUGAAUUGUGUGUGUUCUGUUUUGUUCAGACCUUUGCAAUGACCUCAGCAUAACUUGUUACUGUUGAUAUUUGUAAAACUCAUUACUAUUAUGAGUGUCAUUUAAAGUUGUAAGUUAUCUCGUUCCAUAUCAGUGAGAUGCAGGUUGAUGUCUUCACCAAUGAAGUGUUUGCCUGCCAGACACACUCUACAGGGAUUCAACUACCCAGCCUCAGUGCCGCUUCCGAUGAGGGAAAAGUUGAGGUAGGAUUUCUGUAAAUCCCAUUUAAUAGAAUCAAUUUAUUCAUGCAGCAGUUCAUUCUUUGGAUCAUGCAGCUGUCCACUAAAUGGCUCGUGCAGCUGUCCUUUCAAUGGCUCAUGCAGCUGUCCAUUCAAUGGCUCAUGCAGCUGUCCAUUCAAUGGCUCAUGCAGCUGUCAUUUUAAUGGCUCAUGCAGCUGUCCACUCAAUGUCUUGUGCAGCUGUCCAUUUAAUGGCUCAUGCAGCUGUCCAUUCAAUGGCUCAUGCAGCUGACCAUUCUAUGGAUCAUGCAGCUGUCCAUUCAAUGGCUCAUGCAGCAGUCAAUUCAAUGGCUCAUGCAGCAGUCCAUUCAAUGGCUCAAUCUACUUUUCAUCUGUUGGUUCAUGUGGCCGUGUAUUGAUUGGCUCAUGCAGCUGUUUAUCCAUUGACCCAAUGACAGAAUUCAUACAAAGCCAUAUGCAACAUUAAUUAUUAUUGACUAAACUAAGCAUAUUUUGACUAAUCUGUUUCAGAUUUUCGUCUAUAUUUUUUCAAAUAUUUUAUCCAUGUAAGGUGGCGAUUUGUUUAAAUUUCAUUUCCUUCUUUGGCCACAUGAAAAGCACAAAACAUCAUUUUCCUGGUGUCACUAUUAUUAUUAUGCAUUUUUUCAGGUAAAACCGAGACUGCAGGCCCUGACCGUAGAGAAGGAGGUGUCCUAUUACAUUGAUGAGUUUGGACCUGAAAGCGAUGAUGACGAAGUUGGAGAUGAAGAAUCAAGUCCAGGUCAGUGGACCAUUAAAUUAUCAACAUUCUGCCUCCUUUUUUUUUAUUUUGACACCAUAGAGUUAAGUUUGAAAAAUAUGUUUAACUUAUACAUAAAAAAAUUCUAACUUCCCAUUCGCAUUACACCUAGUCACAUUUCCAACCCAAUUAUAUUACAGCUAGUCACAUCUCUAAACCCAAUUAAAUUACAAUAUUUUUUCAGGAGCCAACAGUAAGAAGCCAAGCAGAGGCUUAAAAAAAUCUCUUGUUACAGUCGAACCUCAGGCCAUACUGCUAGAUGCUCCAGGCUUUGAGUAAGUGGCAUCAGUACUUGUAUUCUAAUGGCAGUGUUGCUAUUCAAUAAUUGUAUUUGUAAUGGCAGUGUUGCUACUGGCACAAUACUUAUAUUUGUAAUGGCAGUGUUGCUAUGCAAUACUUGUAUUUUUAAUGGCAGUAUUGCUAUUCAAUACUUGUAUUUGUAAUGGUAGUGUUGCUAUUCAAUUCUUGUAUUUGUAAUGGGAGUGUUGCUAUGCAAUACUUGUAUUUUUAAUGGCAGUGUUGCUAUUCAAUACUUGUAUUUUUAAUGACAGUGUUGCUAUUCAAUACUUGUAUUUUUAAUGGCAGUGCUGCCUUCAUGACAAUUUGUUCUGUUAUAAAAAUAAUGUUUUAAUCACUCUUACUUUUAAGUUUUCUAAGCCUGUGUGUGUAAUAAAUAAUGUGUGUCUCUGUGUGUGUAAUAAAUAAUGUGUUUGUGUAAUACAUUUUGUGUCUGUGUGUAACACAUUCCAUUUCAGUAAUAAACUUUUGGCAACAGUGUAAUACAUUCCAUGUUUUGUGUGUGUGUACAUUGUGUGGGUCUAUGUAAUAUAUUACAUGUGUCAGUGUGUGUGAUACAUUUCAAGGAUGUUCUCAUCACCAGUCAAAGCAAGAAAUCUACAUGGGACACACAAAGGUCCAUCAGAUACAAUCAAGAUGCACAAAGGCAAGAAGGUGGGUGCACACACACAGAAUUUAAACUGGAUUUUUUAAUAUUUUUUUUAAACAAGAUAUUUAAAGACAGUUUUUAUAAAAACAUUUUCAAUAAUUUGUAUUAAAAUAGUUGUUUUGUUUUGUUUGUUUGUUUGUGUCAAGAAAAUCAUCUAAACAUUUCAGUCGAAAUAGUUUUUUUAUAGCAUUAUUAAUGGGUUGGUUUUUUGUUUGUUUUGUUGCUGUAAUAUGGUUAAUGGUUAAGUCAGUAUUUUAAAAUUUGAAUUCAACUUCAAACAAGUCAUAUCAUUUAUGUAAGAUAAAAAUCAUUGUUCAUCUAAUUUCUAGAUGCCCGACGAAUGAAAGAAAUACGAUUAUUUCUGACCCGGCUUCGUCUCACCCCAGAGAAGGUGGAUAAACCAAAAAGGGAGGUAAGUUGUAGAAAAUUAUCAAAAUCGUUGCUCAGAAGACUAACCAAUUUUUAAGUUAAUUUUAAUAACUGUCCAUUUAUUUUUACCAUCUCCCCUUGCAACACCCAUUGGUAGUCCUGAGGUUCUCAUUAUCUCCCAUGAUACAGUUUGCAGGUGGAAUAUUUAGCAAGUUAGAAAGUCAGUGGAAGGCCAACCAUUUACAAAACAGAACACUUCAGCCUGCAGCUUUCAGGUCAUUUCUCCUUUAUUUUAAUACUCAUGUUGUCUAGUGGAGGCUAGAUUUAGAUAUCUGAAAGUACAAGAAACUUAAUUGGAAAUAGUCAUAAAAUCUUUAUUAUAAUGUAUUCCAAAGUUGUUACCUAUUUUCUUUUUUUUUUUUUUUUUAAAUGCUUAACAAAAAAUGUAACCUCUUUUAUAAUAAUUCAUAAUUUGCCCUAUUCAUCUAUUUUUAUAUUGGAAAUAGUCAUAAAAUCUUUAUUAUAAUGUAUUCCAAAGUUGUUACCUAUUUUCUUUUUUUUUUUUUUUUUUUAAAUGCUUAACAAAAAAUGUAACCUCUUUUAUAAUAAUUCAUAAUUUGCCCUAUUCAUCUAUUUUUAUUUAUUCUACAGAGCACGUCCCAAGCCACUGGGUCAACCUAAGCCACAAUUCAGUUAAUAAAGGCCAUUGUUUAAUAUCUUAAAUUAUCCACAAAUAUUUUGCUUAUUAAAACGGAAAAUAAAUGCUUCAUACCUAGCGCGUUAUAGGGUUGUACACAAAGGUAUAAAAUAUUUAUGUUAAUCUUAAAUUGUUCAAAGCACUUUUUAUUAUAAAAAUAACACAUGUCUUGUAACAUUAUGUUUUUUGUUAACUGUUUACAAGCUAUAUGUUCAUGAAGUAAUGAUGUAGAUAAUUUAUGUUGAUGCUAACAUAUGCUAUUUUUGGAUGACCUACAUUCACAACUCAAAUUUGUAACACUGCAGCUGCUGCUGUAAAAAAAAAAAGUAAGAAAAAUUACUUUAUGGAAUUAACAAAAAUAUAAUACAACACUUAUUUUUUGUUAUCUUCCUCAAUGUUUAAAUAUCC